AUGGCCGCUCCUCUCGCCCAACAGAUGCAGCCCAUACAAGAACAGAUCCAAACCAACUUCCGAGAGACUCAAGCCAACUUCGACCAGAUGUUUAAACAGAUGCAUGCCUGCAACACGGGGCUUGUAGCAAACAUCGACGGCGGACGCCUUGCCCGCCCGCAUCGUCAAUGCCACCCGCGAGCCCAUCUUCCCCUCUUCUACCUCGGCCUCAGGCUCCCCAAUGACGCCGCCUGGCCCACGGGCACGGGAGGCCCUAUGCCGUGGUCAAAGCUCGAUAUCAUGAACUACGACGAACCCGGAGCAGAAGCCGCAUUGGCCCCCCUUGGACUCCCUUUGAAUCCCCAGGAUACCCUCGCUCUGCGCAAACGCUCGCUCGCUCGUUUCUUCGGGUUUUAUCUCUGA